AUGAAGGGUCUGUGGCUCAUAUUCCUGGCCUCAGUCGUAAUAAUGACUGUGGCCGCGUUUUUCUUCGUUAACCGAGUGUUAUCUUUUAAGUUAUACAAAAAUGGAUAUCCGAUGACGUUAUUCAUUCUGUUCGUUAACAUGUUUUUGUUGCUUUCCAUAACCUACCUAUUACCUUUAGAUGUGUUUUAUGCUGCCCAGAGUGUCGGCAAGGAUACCCCUCUGGCUCCCAACGGAACAGCAAGCGCGAUUUAUACGCGAACAGACAUACAAAUGCAAACGCAAGGCGAUAUUUUAUCUACACCUACCACGUCGCCUAAUUUCCACUUCUUAUGGAACUUCUUAUACUGGUCACAGUUUGUUAUAUGCUGGUUUAUACUUCCAGUAUUAAUUUCAUACGUCGACUUGAAGUAUCUUUAUCCAAGAGACUCAUCGGAUUCUUGGACAUAUAUUAUGAAAAGGGUUCAAACUGCGAUAUACAUGAAUUUGAAGUUCUAUGUGUUCUGUGCAAUUGCUUUACUGCUAGGUCUUCUCUAUCUUUUCAUGGCUACAAGACAUGGUAUUAAAGACAUUAAACCAUUAAUUAUUGCUAUGUCUCAUUUGUAUUCUUUGAGUUACACGCUAAUUCUUUUGUCAAAUGGGCUUGUCAAAUUACCAAAAUCACUAUUGUUACAGGAACAGAAUGAAAAGAAGAUGUUUGUUAAGUUGAGUCAAAAUAAUGAAGAUCUAAAUGAGGCUAAACUUGGGUUACUCGAAGUUGCGGAAAAGAUUAUAUCUCUAAACGUUGAAAACCAAGCGGAUCUCGACUUACAGCAAGCCGUUCAAGAAUGUCAGAUGGAGGUUCAAAGAAAAUGCAAUGAGCUUCAGCUAACAAUACCAAAGCUAAGCACUAACUCGCAUGUUCAUACUAUAGAACUGUCGAAAUUAAAUAACUAUUACAACACUUUUUCAAAGGAAUAUUAUAACUACACGUAUCACCAAGCAAACGCUGAUGAAAUUAUUCAUACAUUGGUAAGGUCUCAAAGCAAAGCCAUUUCCAUUCCUUUAAACUUAUCAGCAAAAAUAUCUGGUUUUAUUUUAAUGCUUUUGUCUAUAUUGGUAUUCCUUUUACAAGUUACACCAGUAAAAUUCGGACACGCAUGGAUCUUUAUGGGUAAGACUUUUUGGAAUUUCUUGCUAGAGAUGUCAAUAUUAUUGCAUAACACCAUAUGUUCGUUGUACUCAUUGCUCCAUGUUAAAAUCCAUAACUUCCAUCUUGUGAGAAACGGAAACAGCAGUCCAAAAAACGCAUUAUAUUUCUCGUUAUACUCAAGUCGUUUGCUAUUCCCACUAUGUUUUAACUACAUGACAUUGGUCCCCAGAGCUACAGAUGUUGAGCACAAAUCAGGCUUUGAUAAAGUAUUAUACCACCAAUUGGAAAGAGUUCCUUUAGCAAAAUUCUUGAAUGAGUAUUUGCCUAUAUUCUUUGUGCUUAUCGUACCUCUCUCUCAAUACUUUGACUUGAAAGACAAGCUCUUGUCAAAGGUAUUGGGUGAAGAGUAUUACUAUCAACUUUUCGGGUCAAUAAGUACUGAUGACAGGCCUUUGACCACUUCCACGACGCAAAGAACUAGGGUAGAUGAGGAUUACGAGUACUCUUUACAAGAUGGUCAAUAUCUAUUCGAGAGAGCCACGUCAAACUAUGACAUGCAUGUAUAA